CAAUGCCCUGAUGGGCUGGGCAGCCCUCCCGGAUGCUUCUGCCUGCUUCAGCACAGCCCCUGCCCCGGCCCCUGUCAGAGCUUCGCUGAGGAGCUUUGGAAUCGGCAGGAGUUAUUUCCCCGUUGCUGGGAAAUCUGGUUGUUGAAACCAAUAAGAGCAUUAACAAGGGAAAUGCUCACCCCUCCCCCAGGCUCUUGGCGGGCUAAUUAUGCCAGCCUUAAUAACAGCCUUUUGUCACCAAGGCUGCCUGCAAGUCUGCCCCAAAACAUAAGGCAGUCGGAACACCAUCAGCAAAGUCCUCUGGCUUGGGGGAGAGGGACAGCAGUCUCGAGGAAGGGGGCUGCUGAGGAGGUUUGGGCCCAGCAGAGUGGAAGCACUAUGUUCAUUACAGUGAGAUAUGGAGCUGACUGCCAAGAGAUUGUGAACGUGCAUUGCCGGGUCCUGACCCUCACCGCGCACCUGAAGAAGAAAUGCCAAUGUCGGCCAGAAGAUUGCAUUGAUCUCCUAGAUGAAUUGGGGACCCUGAUAAACCUGAGCGAAGUGGAGAAUCCUGCAUCUGAGCUGGCCAGUAAAUACCUCCAGGAGAGGCAGCACUACAUCCUCCUCAGAGUCAUUCGAUAUGAAAUGAAGGAGCAUGGUUCUGCUAAUUCUGUUGGCAGGAGGAGAAGGCUCGGAAUCAACCUACUACGAAUCCCUACUGGAGAACCUGGGAAAACACUACCCUGAGCUGGCAGAGCGGCUGCAGAAGUUAUCAGCACACCCUCAGCUAAAGGACAACACGAGGAGGAGUUCCAUGCAGAGAAAGUUUCGCGCACUGAAGGAACCACCCCAAGGCUCCCCAGCAAAAUUCAGAAGCACACAGCAGAGUAAGAAAGGCUCUGUUCCCUCCAGCAGGCCCACCUAGAUGGGCAUCAUCCGUUGCGGGAACAAGGCCUCCAGCUGUUUGGAAGCAUCUUUGAGGGACCCUUCACAGGGUGAAAGACAGCCAGCCAGGUGGAGUCAAACUGUAGGGCAGGAUGCAAGAAGCCACUGCUUUACAAGCAGCGUCCUUAUCACAGCCAGACUGAGCCAUAAUCAGAGACCCCCCCCCUCAAAACUUUUUAAAUGGAAGGCUAGCUAGGCUUAUGCCACCCUCUGAAACAGAGUUUAGACCUGUCAGGGAUAACGGACUAAAAUGUAGCAGAGACUUUACUUUUGGUACUAGCAGCUCUGACACACAGCGAGCAGGUCUCUUCUGCGACAAGGUGCCACAUCUAUAGUCACAACCCAACACAAGCCACAGUUAGUUCCAAAUGAAGUGUACAAUGGUAACACCUAACAACCCCUAUUAGAAAUAGGGGAACUUUGUGAUGUGUCAGUGUUCUCAAGCCUACUUGCUGCAAGCCAUUUCUCCAGUACUAUAAACUCCCCUGCCCUCCCCAGGCUAAGGGCAACUGGUACAUGUAUACUAAAAAAAGUAAUCUAUUGACAUUAGUGAGAGGCAAAUGUGGAUUACUUUAUUCCUGUUACCACCACACUAGAUAUGGGAGAGCAAAGUGGAUUGUAUUCUGUCUGCUUCAUCAAAAGCAGUAUUUACAUUCCAAUGGGAGGCUCUUUAUGACUGAUCAUGCACAAUCCAGAAAAGACUCAGCUUGACUUUCAUUUGCAGGUUGAGGUUGUAGGGCUGGCCAUCAAAGAGAAAAAUAUAGUCUUGGAAACUGAGCAAGUCUGAUAUGGAAUCCUUGCAAGGCACCCAGCCAGGAAUCCCCUGGUGCCUCUUUCACAGUAACUGCUCUGGAAGUGGCCUUUGUGAAAGCCCAGUUCCAACAUCUCCUGCCCCCAUCAGGAACAGCUUCACCUUGUACAGUGGGGGGUUUUUUUUGUGUUUAAAAAAAAACAAACAAACACUGAUUAGGGAGAGUGCCUCCUGGAGGAAUAUCUUUAUGAACCAGACUAGAAUGUAAUUCAUCAAAUAUUAAAUACAUAGAAUAAAACAAUGGUUUUAAGGAUUGUGGGAAAUGCAGUUUUGUUCAGCAGGGAACUGGUUUCUUUCACACAUGCAUUAGCAAAUGUGCAAACCCUGAUCCAAUUUUGAGCUCAUUUUCAGUAUGUAUGUUUAGAGUAGCUUUGACUCCUUAGUGAUUCCAGAUUUAUAUUGGUGUUCCCAAGAUCAGAAUCUCACUCUUUAUUCACAAAGCAACAAGACUUUAAAAUGUCCUUUGUGCCUAGAUUUUCCUUGGCACACAGCACAUGGCAGUCUGACUGCAAGCCACACACAGUUCAGGAGACACUAACCACUGCCAAAAGUUCAGGUCAUGAAGUUUUGGUGGGGGAGAGGCUUUCAUUGCAAGACUGGGGUAUAUCCACUAUUUUGUUAUUUUUUUAAGAGGAGAAAUACUCUUUCCUGUUUAGCAGAACUGGAAAGUUGUAACAGAACUGCACCAGCAUAGACUGUUACCAGCCACUUACAAAUCCAUACAAGGAAUGAGAUUCAGACAAUACUGUCCAGUGUUCAACAGCAGCUAGAGAGCAAUGACAACUAAAAUAACCAAGAGAGUUAAGAGAUUUUAUCCAUCUGCAAAGAAAAUCCCAAUAUUAGUAUGCAAAGCAUUCUUUUCCUGGUCACACGGCAGCUCCAUUCCUUCCAGCUGAAGCCUGAUGACUGUUAACAGUGUCAGUUUCGACUGUGGAAAGGUAACCCAAGUUGCUUCAUAGCCAAUAAAACUGAAAGUGUUGGCUUUUUGCAGGGCCAGAUCUGUGUGGAGUGUCGAACACAUUUCAGUUACUGACUAGCUAUACCUGACUGUUAGCUGAGGCCUUGCAGCUCCUAGUGCAAUGUUAAAGCUGCAUGUGGCACCACUGAAUUUAACCUGAUGCUAAUCACCUUCAGCAUAUUACUUAACCCACUAAGCCAAAACAAGAUCAGCCAGCAGUGUUCUUAGUCAUGCAAUUGACCAGGUCACAUUUUUCUUUCCAC